AUGAAUACGGGUGUUACUGGUGCUGACAAGACCGACGCUCCACCUACGAUCGCCGUUCCUACUGGUGUCGUUCUGCCGACCUUAAUGGCUGCCGAGCGAAUCUUUACUGUUCUCGACAUGCACGACGUUGCCUCUGCAUUAACCGAGGCAAAACCACUUCGUACUGCUGUCAAGGAAUCUGAAACAUGGCUUUAUGCCAAUAAGGAAGCAAAACAGAUAUGGGAAUCCAUGAUCAGCAAGUACACGGUUGAGGAUGUUGGCAAACAGAAGUUUGUAAUUGGAAACUUUUACAAAUGGACGAUGGCCGAGGACAAGGAAGUGAUUGCUCAGAUUAAUGAAUACCACAAACUGCUAGAGGAUCUUAAAGGCGAAUCGAUUACACUCCCUGAGGAAUUCGUUGCUGAAAUUUUGAUUGAGAAACUGUCUCAAUCAUGGAAUGACUAUAAGCAGAAUCUGAAACAUAAGCACAAACAGCUUACUUUGCAGGAACUGAUAACCCACAUCAUCAUUGAGGAGACGAACCGAAAGGAGAUUAAAGCUGCCCGAAAUAAGGCACUAACAGCAAGGGAAAAAGUGGUGCAAAUCAAGGGGAACUUCAAGAGAAACUGGGUGGUAGACUCUGGUGCUACUAGGCAUAUCUGUGCAAGCAGAGAUACUUUUUCCUCCUACAAACCAGUAGGGGAUGUAGAAGAACAUGUGUUCCUUGGUGAUUCCCGAACAACCCCUGUUCUUGGAAAAGGAAAGGUUCUUCUCAAACUCACAUCAGGGAAGACAUUGGCUCUGAAUGAAGUACUUCAUGUACAAAAUAUUAGGGCUAAUUUGUUGUCUGUUGCACUAAUGGGUAAGGGUGGAGUUAAGGUGUCAUUUGAGUUUGACUAG